AUUGGGCUCAGUUUGAAAUUCCACGAUUUGUCAUAUUUUGAUUGUACUUUGCAAUAGUGUAGAAUUGCGAUGUGUAUCAUUUUGAGCGCUGUUAUUUAAUAUUUUGUUUAUAUUAUUCAGUGGGGAAAAAUAAAUAAAAACCCAGACAGUUUGGGUUUAAAUGAAAAAUCAAUCUGAAGUCACGGGAGAUUGGUGGUGUGUUCAAUGUAUGAAUAAUAAUAAUAAUAAUAGAAAUAUAAAUCUAAUGAGCUAGUUUGUGUUGGGGAGGAGUCAAAAGGGGGUGGGGCCAGCACCCUGACUGGAUUAUAUUUAACACACUUGUCAAACUGGCAAUACUCCCCUCCUGGUAAACUGUACCAGUUAACGGUACCUUCAGAAUGCUUCAAGCCAAGACGGCCUCAGGUCAUCCGUCACUUUGGCUGUUUGUGGUGUUUUCACUUCACAGCUCGGCACUGAGCGCCCACAAUGCCUCUGGGCUUUCCCCGCGGACCUUCUCUGGCCACGCUGAGGACUACGUGGACCUGUCUGGGUUUGACAGCCUGAGCGACGUCGCCGGCUCCGGUUCCCAGCCCGUACCGGUGAGAAGACAUCGCGGCUCACACCGCCAUCCUCCCGGGCGCUACUUUGUCUCAGAGGAGGCCAAGCGGUUCCUGCGCAGUUGCCUGACCACCGCCUUCGUCCCGACGGUCUACACCCUCGUCUUUGUCGUCAGCGUGCCGCUCAACCUCGUCGCCGCGGUGAUGUUCGUGCACCCCGUCCGCCCGAGAAAGCCCGCCAUUAUCUACAUGCUGAACCUGGCCUGCGCUGACCUGCUGUUCGGCCUGUUCCUCCCCUUCAAGAUAGCUUACCAUUACCACGGCAACAACUGGAGCUACGGCCCGCCCAUGUGCAGGGUCGUGACCGCGGCGUUCUACUGCAACAUGUACUGCUCAGUCCUGCUCAUGGCGUGUAUCGGCACGGACCGCUUCCUGGCCGUGGUCUAUCCCAUGAACUCGCUGACGUGGCGCAGCCGUCGGACGGCGUGGGCCGUGUGCGCCGGCAUGUGGCUGCUGGCCCUGGCGGGCGUGGCGCCUCUGUUGGCCUCGGGUCAGACGGCGUACUUGCCCCACCUGGACAUCACCACCUGCCACGACGUGCAAGAUUCCGAGAAACUAAAAUCCUACUAUCGCUACUUCUUCCCCGUCUACUGCGCCGUGUUCUUCUUCAUCCCUCUCGUCUUGACGGUGGCGGCCUACGUGCGCAUCAUCCGGGCCUUGGCAGCCGCCAAUGUGGAGAACCGUUCCAAAAAGACUCGGGCGGUGGUGAUGGCUGCGGUCGUGCUUGUCGUGUUCGUGGUCUGCUUCGCCCCCGCUAACGUCAUCCUGAUGGUCCACUACGUCGAGGUCGACCACGAGUCCGGCGACACCUCCUACCGAGCGUACCUGCUGGCCACGUGCGCGGGGAGCCUCAGCUGCUGCCUGGACCCGCUCCUCUACUACUUCGGCUCCUCUCGGUGCAGGAAACGGGCGGCGGCGCUGCUCGGAUGCCGGCGUCCGCAUCAGACGCCGAGCAGCUCACGCACGCGGAGCUCCAGAACCAGCGGGCGGCGGGAGAGCAGCGAGUCGGGCAAAUUGGAGGUUGUUCAAAGUGGGUCGGGGGGCCAGUACUGUAAGUUGCACAUUUAAGUGAAUGACAAUUGUGUCUGUCUAUAAUCACAAAGGAAAGCGGGAAGUAUCAUAAGACCAGUUUUAUUGUACAACAUUUGGGUGGUUGAUGAUCAGUGGAUUUGUUUAUUCUACUCUGUACCAGCUUUACAUGUACGUUAGGCCUAUUUUUCAUGUUGUAUUGUGAACAUUAGCUUGAUUCAGUGGCAGGCUGUGCAUUUGCUGCGUGGGCUUUUAGUGGGGAUUUAAUAACACCCCAAUAACUUUGCACUCGUACAAACUAUCAAUAGGAUAUGAAAACGCAGUACAACAGUGCAAUGUACAUCCGGAGCCUUUCGGAAUCCAUAUUUUUCUAAUAACGUGAUAAAAACAUAGAUAAUGUAAGUAAGAUACAUCAUGCUCGCCAGAAAUGCUGAUUAUUAAACGUAUUGAUGUGUCCAGAUCACUACUGACAUGUUUUGCUCGUCAAAGUUGUCUUGCUCUGAUCAACCAAUCAGGGGACAGAAAAAUGCUGACAUAAUCAAGGGUCAGCAAAUUUGAAAUCCAAACGGUUAAAGAAACUGUCCCAUUGAUAAUGUGGUUUAAGUUACAUCGGCCAGAACUACUAAUUGUGAAGGCCCUCGGAUUAGAUUGACAUGGCUGCACAAAGGCUGAAAUCUGAUUGGGCAAAAAACAAAAAACACAUACUUGUACAUGUGCAGUAUUUUAACAAGUGCAGCUAAGAGAAAUGCCAUAAAAUGAAGCAAAUAACGAUGACUGUUAAUACAAUGUCAUGGAACAAAUAAGGGUACCUGAUGUUAUGACCGCUGAGUGUUUAUGUCAUUCCUUUUACUCACACGACACGUUACAUUGUAUGUGAUAACGUUUUAAUAUAGAUUUGAAUGAAAACUAACCGUAGGGCAAACAUUCUUCGUAACUGCUGUAUGUGUUAUAAAUGUCACUUUUCUGCUUUAAGUGUUUCCCUCUGUGCUCUGCUUGUCAUCAGGACACAGCUCUGCAACAGGAAGACAGAUAAAGACAAAAGGAGAAAGAGAGACAAAAUUAAGUAAAUAGGAAAUACUGUAUGCCUUUAUUGUAAGUACAGUUGAAUGAUUCCAUGUCUAUGUGUUCCGUUGUCCCUUCGUGGUACAAAACAAAACUAUAACACACACUCCCUUUUGAAGGCCAUUCUCCCAUCACCAUAUUGUGGCAACCUGAAUAAAUGUCACUCAUCCAACAGUGAAGUCACAGGUGUCAAACCGGUGGCCCGGGGGCCAGAUCCGGCCCGCCACGU